GCUCCUGCGGCUAAUCGUCGCUCGGUUAGAUUAAUUCUGUCCGUCGUCAAGUAAAGCUCAAGUAGUUUGAAGUUCUCGGCAAACAUGGUUCGAUGGAAGCUGUUGAUUUCGGUUGUGAUGUGCUUAGCAUACUGCGGAAAAAAAGUUUCAAGUGAUGAUGGAACUUACGAUUACACCCAGAUGCCGGCAGUGUAUCAUUUCGACAGUAAAAGCGCCUGUCUGAAUGCCGACCCAGCUAACCUGUAUUGCGUAGCCCGGCAAGUCAUCAAACCAGAUCCUUCCUCCUCGGUGUGGAACAUGAUACAGCAUCAUUCCAGAGAAAAAACGGACACUCGGAGGAGUCUGCUGGAUCGAGGAUUCUGUUUAAGUAAAUGUGAACAAUUAAUGAACGGUUUGAGCGAACAGGAACGAGCGUCCUACGAUCAGGCUAAAUUCUCCAUUGAUUAUUUUUAUAUUUGGGGUGAGAAAUUUUUCCCGGAUGCGCAACCGUUUAAACAGAAGUACGGCCGAUUGGUUAACAUCUGUCUCAACUACCAGCUACGUAAGAACUACAAUUUGACCAGCUACUCGGAGAUAGAAUACUGUGUGGGAUCAGAGGCUCUGAACAAACCGCUAACAGGGUUACACAUCAUAUUUGGCGCUAUUUCCGGGGUUGCACUCUUGCUGGUGUUGCGUUCCACGUGUAGGGAUUUAAUUCUGUCGAAGAAAAUCAACGAUGACGCAAACUACGAACCCGUCGACGAUAUCUGGAUGGAAUUUUCUCUUAAACGAAGCUUCCGCCGCUUGCUGGUGGUCCCUCGAACUAAGCUUCAGUGUGAUUUUGCAUUCGUCGAAUCGGUUCGAAUUGCCGCAGUCAUAUUGAUCAUCGCAAUUCAUGUCCUGAUGGCCUACGGAUUCAGCCCCUUGGAGGAUCCAAAGACCAUGGAAAAUGUGCUCGGUAGUGCGGUGUUGAGAAUGGCAUCGACCAUUUUCCCAUUUAUGGUGCAUAUGUUUUUUACUAUCAGUGGAAUUUUGCUGGCCGUGAAUUUUCUGGAGUUUACCGAAACCAAUCCACGGGCACAGUGGAAAUAUUUAAUAGCUGGGGUUACAAGCCGGUAUUUGAGAAUCCUGCCAACGUUAGCCAUCGUGUGGUUGUUCCAAGUUUCCUGGUUAGAUCAUGUCGGAAGUGGGCCAACUGCUCACAGUUUGCUGAAGAUAGAAUCUAAUUUUUGCAAAAAGAACGGAUGGUUGAAUUUCCUGUUUGCCAACAAUUACUUCAAGUUCGACGAAAUGUGCUUGCAACAAACCUGGUACUUGGCAGCUGAUUUUCAAUUCUUCAUCGUAGGAAUGGUGAUAAUGAUAUUUUUGUGGAAAUACCCCAAAUCUUCGGGUACCGUCAUCUGUUCGAUGAUAGGAUUUUCAAUUAUAUCCCCAAUUCUGAACACCUACUUCCACAAUUUCGCUGGCGUCGUGAUCUGUAGCUUGAAGGAUAUUCGCUUUUAUCUUUUCACGAACGAGUGGACCGAAAAAGACUAUGUUCUGGCACAUCCGCAUACUUGCAGCUACUUUUAUGGGCUGAUAGCCGGCAUCGUGUAUCAUCGAGCUCAGAAGGAUCGCGACUACCUUUCGAAGCUGAGAAUCUAUCACGUGCUGAAGAAGGUAGCCCCGUUGAUGGUUCUUUUGCUAUCAGCACCAGCGACGUUUUUCUACCGGCUGGAUCGCCAAGAAUCGUCCCUGUUCAAUGCCAUCUAUGCCUCGGCUCAUCGGAACUUUUUCGGUACCAUGUGUGGAGUUGGAUUGCUGUACGGGGCCACCGAAGGAUGCGCCAAAAUGGGCGCCAUCUUUAAGCAUCCCAUAUUGCUAGCAAUUGGGCGCCUGUCGUUUUGUGUCUAUAUGGUUCAGUUUAACGUAUUUCGUUCUAUGUUCAGUGAUAUCCCGGAAAGAGGUUUGGUGUUGGGCAUAAUGAGUUAUACGCAGAUUCUGAUUGCAAUCACAAUCCUCUCUUACGGAUUUGGCUUUUUAACAUGUGUUACCAUUGAACUACCGAUGGCAGGAGUUAUCAAGCGUUUGAGAAGUAAGGUUGGAGGUGAAAAAAGCAAGGGCACGAGCGAAGGUGCCUGUACAAGAACUGUGAAAAGUCCUAAGGGUAAAAUUGAUGAUUUUAGUGAAGUAAAACGGAAAACAAGUUAA